CUAAAUGAAUAAAUGUAAAUUUGUUUGUAUUAAAAUGCUUUUCUAUAUGCCUGCAGUUAUAAAUUACAAUGGUUACAAUAAAAUGAGCGUGGAAUUAAACAAGCGGUACAUGUUCAUGCACUCUUUGUAGGCUAUACUUGACAUUCAUUUACACAGUUUAGGCAUAAAUUGCUGUUUGUAAACUAAUAUGUAGCAGAUAAAGUGGUGGCCAAAAUUAUUAGAACACUAGUAUUUUCACCAGCUAAAAAAUGGUUCUUCUGGAUUUAGUCCGUCUCAGUUUGUUCUGUUUCUUCAUGUCACUCCAGACAGACUGGAUGAUGAUCAGAUCAGAUCUCUGUGUGGAGCACUGGCUGUUGUCAGACUCUUUGUGCAAACAAAUAUCUCACUGGAUUAUUACAAUUAAUGGCAAAAUAAAUGUUUGGAAAUGUAAACUGAUAUUUCCCACAAACACACUACAUCAAAAAGAUGGAAAUAACUGACUUAAAACCAUUUUUAGCUGGUGAAAAUACUAGUGUUCUAAUCAUUUUGGCCACCGCUGUAAAUAUGGGAACAUUAUACACUCUUAAAAAUAAAGGUGCUUCAAAAGGUUCUUCCCAGCGAUGCCACAGAAGAAUCAUUUUUUGAUUCCACAAAGAACCAUUCAGUCAAAGGUUCUUUAAAGAACCAUCUCUUUCUUACUUUUUCAUAAUCUGAAGAACCUUCUUUCACCACAAAGAACCUUUUGUGAAACAGAAAGGUUCUUAAGACGUUAAAGGUUCUUUAUGGAACCAUUUAGACAAAAAAGGUUCUUCAUGGCAUCAUGAAGCACCUUUAUUUUUAAGAGUGUAUGAAGGUUUGAUACAAAAAAAAAAAAAAGCUACAAAUAUUGCAACAAAAGAAGUUACAACACUUCCAGGUGUCAUGUCCCAUACAGAAAAAGUAUGAUUGCUCAAUAUAACCACACUAUAUCAAAGUUUUAAGUUAAACUGGUUUCAAACAAAUAUUCAAAAAACACAUUCAAUACCACGAUAUGAUUCUGGCUUCCAUUAUUUUAUAAGACACCUGUCACAUUUCUCAUGAAAAUAUGCUGCACACACAAAAGGCGCCGAAAUGAACUCUCAAACACGCCCCUCCUCUGUCUCUCUCUCUCUGCUGAAGCUUUAGAGGGGGAAGUAAACGUGAAGUUGACUCUUUCCAUCACUAGGCUGACUUUUACGCGAGGACCGCAGGUGUUUUUGACCGAACAGAUCCACCUAACGAAUUCACAUGAACAUUCGGAUUUUUGGAGACACAUCGACCAACGCCGAGCCAAAUGAACCGUGCACACCAGUUAAAAGUGUUUUGUUCUGGAACGUUUUGGUUCUACUGCUGUACGAGCGAGGCCUGAAGAAGCGCUAGGAUGACAAAUGCUACUGCAGAUGACUACUCGUAUCCACACAUACGUGUUUGGGCAGCGGGAGUUUCUUUGAUCAUUUUGGCCUUUUUCAACUUGAUCAUCAACUGGACCAUAGUGCGCGAGGAGCGCCUGCGGAGCCACGCGCGCUUCGUCCUCGUGUUCCACUUGUUGUUCUCCGCGCUGGUUUACUUCGCAGUAAGCUUUAGCUUCAACUUACAAAGUUACUUGAAAGCAGCGACCACAUCAACCAUAUGCACGGCACUAAUCAAAGGUCUGAUGACAAGCGGCACCAAUAUUAUCCUCACCAUCACGGCGAUGGCGCUGGACCGUUACUUUGCCAUAUGUUACCCGCUCCACUAUAACAAAGUUUGUUUCAAACCCUGGCCGUGGCUCAUCGGGAUCCUAACAUGGGUACUCGCGUCGAUUAUUCCUCUUACCCUGUCGCCCAAAAUAAAUGGCACUGUGCCCUGUGGAAGGAAAACUCUGAAAGGCGGAGAAAUGCACAAAAUCGUUCUAAUAACAAUUUGCACUGUUCUUAUUGUGUACAGCUAUGUACGGAUCUUAUAUGAGGGGCGUCGUCUGGGUGUGUUGAACCGGCGCAACCGAGCUGCGUGUAGGACUAUCGCUCUCCACGGCACGCAGCUCGCCGUCUACAUCCUCCCCAAUUUCAUACUGUUUUUGCUGCAUAUCCUUAACCGCAUUCACUCACUCGAGGAUUCCACAAAAGAGCUUUUUGCGGUCAUAAGUUUUGCCUUCUUCAGCCUGGCGCAGUGCAUCGCGCCGAUAGUGUACGGACUGCGUAAAGAGGAACUGCUGGAACAUCUUAAUCACCGGUUCCCGUGUUUAUCCGGCCGGUUGAAGCGCAUUUUGGAGUGGACCGUCAACAUCACACAUCCCAAUCGGCAUCGCCAGCAAAGGGAGAGGAGAAUGACUUCAGAGACGUUAUUAUCAAGAGAGAUCUCACAGACGACUGUGUGACAUCUUUGGAUUAAGAGACAGCCCUUAUGAUGAUUUCUUCAAAAGGAAUAUUUAAUUACCGAGACUGAGAUUAAUAUCGAACCAAACGCUAUGCAAUCCAUCUGAUGUGUUGCAUAUCUUAAGUUCAACACAUUUUCCACUGAGAAAACAAAGUUGUGACUUUUAGAAAACUGUGAUUUUUAUUCUGCAAGCCAUUGCUUUGUUAUGUUGGAGUAAAAUACAGCAGCUACACAGUGUUCAGGAAUUACUUUUGCUAAAGACAUAGUCAACUGUGAUUUUUAUAUGAACAAUAUUAACUGUAAAUAGUACCGGUGACUUACUGUCAUGUGAACAAGUAACAAUUAGGAUCCGAAUUUGUAUUUUUCUAAAAGCUGUACAAAUCUCUUCUCUAGUAUUCUUUGUCUUGGCAAAACUUAACAGUAUUUUGCAGUCAUAUAUAUAUAUAUAUAUAUAAGCUAAUGAUCCGAGUAAACCAACUAAAACUUAGACUGUGAAAUAGGUUUAAUGAAAUUGUAAUUUAUGUCUAGUUAAACUGGUGACACUGAAAGAUUUGUAGUAUUUGAUAUACUAUGUUUGUAACCACAGCAUCCUGAGUUGUCAAGACACUCUGGCUUAAUAAGGUCACUAACGUUCUUUUACAAUGUCCUGUAAACUGUGUCUUUACAAUAUACUGCCUCUUUACAAUAUACUGCAUUCAGAAAAUAAUGCACUGGUGAAAGGACAAAACGUAUGAUAUUGGGGUAUUUCAAAUAUCGUUAAGCACUGCAACACAGAGCGAGUAUUUAUAAUUACGUCAGGGUGGGCAACUGUAUUGUGUUAACACGUUUUUUGUAUGUUUGCUUUAGAAGUAAUUACAUGCCUAAUGGGAGAUGCCACAGAAAAUGAAGGAAGAAUAAAUCAUUUAAGAUAAACUGUUGUACAAAACAUCCAAUGGGAGGACCAAAUGUAGCAUCUUCUUUUGCAGGCAUCAUAGAUGUGUGUAAUUUCUAAAUUGCAGACAUUGAUGUGGUAUUGCCCAUUUGUAAUAAAGAUCUUUUGUAUUUAUGUUAA